UAAGAAAAAUAAAUAAACGGUCGAAACUGGACAAAUUUUCUUUAAAAAAUCACUCAUUUACAUUUUGCCUCUAAAUAUCAAUUAAACCGUAUCGUUAAUGGUUAAUUAAUGCUAUUCACUCCCUACGAUGUAAAGAUGCAUCUCCUCAGUGUCCUAUUAUGUUGCAUAUUCCUUCAAUUUGCCACCGCCAGCGACGAAGAUGGUGUCCAAUAUGCCAAUAGAUGCGAAGCUUGCAAAAUACUCGCCUUAGAGUUGGAAAACCGACUGCAAGAAACCGGAAAAUCGAAAGACGUGUUAGAAAUUGGAUAUUCCAUAGACGAUGUGAAACCUAAAAAGAAAAAAGAGUAUAGGAAAUCAGAAUUACGUCUAGUCGAGAGUCUGGAAGGUAUAUGCGAAAAGAUCCUCGAUUAUAAUAUUCACAAAGAGAGGAAAGACAGUACAAGGUUUGCCAAAGGAAUGAGUCAAACAUUUCAAACGUUACAUGGUCUAGUGGAUAAGGGAGUCAAAGUAGAUUUAGGAAUACCUUACGAGUUAUGGGAUAAACCUUCGGUAGAAAUCACUAAUAUGAAAACGCAGUGCGAAACUUUACUCGAAGAUUUCGAGAGUGAGAUAGAAGACUGGUAUUUCAACGUACAAGGCGAAAAGCCCCUGAUAAAUUUCUUGUGUUCGGAACGAGCUCUGAAAGGUUUUGAUGAUUCGUGUCUCGCUGAUGAACUACCGCCGCAAAAAGGCGAUGAUGCGUAUCUCGAUGAGAAACCUACAGACAAGGCUAAAACCGAUGAAUUGUAAAACUUUUUGAAAAAUGUGUCAUUUCUUUUUUUAAGUCGUGUGAAAUUAUUUUAUUUGGUUUAUUAUUUCGUAUAUAUUUUUUUGUGCGGAUACUUCAUUUAUUAUUAAUGCUUGAUCACAUUGCUCGUGAUUCAUGAAGUUAUGAUGAUUAUAAUGUUUUGUAUGAUAACUUAUUGUUAGAGUAAUAGUACAUAUUCCUUUGAUCUAUGUUUCAUUAGUCGUUUCUCAGUUAUUGUAUAAUUUUACAUUUACAAAUAAGAAUUACUUAGUUUCAGUUCAUUUUUAAUCCUUUUUGUUUAUAUGAAAUCAGUUCUGUGAUUUUUUUUGGUUACGUGUAAGUAUUUUUUUGUAAGUUUUCAAGCAAAUAUUAGUGUAUUACGUAGAAACUUUUUGUACAAUGUUCAGUUUGUUGCUGCAAAUCAUUAUGAUCAAUGAAAUACAGGUCUUUUUUGAUAA